AUGUUUAAAAGAUUCACCAAAGAAGAGAUCCAUUCUCGUUCCAAUAUCAAAUCCUCUGCUCAAAGAGGAUUGAAAAGUAGAUUCAUUGAUCAAUUUCCUGAUGUUGAAGAAGUAGUUGAAUUAAUCAUACCGAAGAAAUCACAAAUCAUUUUAAUAAAAUGUGAAGAAAAAAUCCAAUUAUAUUCCAUGAAUGAAGAAGUAGUAUUCUUUCAAUCAUUUGAUGAUUUAAUUCCUCAUUUAAAAGUGGUUCAUAAAUUCCCUCAAAGUUUCCCAAGAGUUCAAGUUGAUAGAGGUGCUAUUAAAUUCGUUUUAUCAGGUGCUAAUAUCAUGUGUCCUGGUUUAACAUCUGCUGGAGCUAAAUUACCCGAAGAGAAUAUUCCAGUUGAUUCUAUAGUUACCAUCUAUGCUGAAGGUAAAGAACAUGCAUUGGCCAUUGGGAAAUUAACCAUGAGUACUGAUGAUAUUAAAUCCAUAAAUAAAGGUAUUGGUAUUGAAUUAUUACAUUAUUUAGGUGAUGGUUUAUGGAAUCUUACCGAAUAG